AGCCAAUUAUCACUCUACUCCUUAUCAGUCUUGCUCUCUUCCUCUGUUCUCUAGCUGUCCUAACUGUGUGUGUUUACUGACUGUCCCCACAGAGACUACAAGUUAGAUGCACGCCCCCCAGAGGAUCACAGUCACAGAGAACAACACCCACCUGUUUAUUCCACACUCAACAGUAGCUCAUACCUGACAUUACACCCUGACACUCUUUGUUUGCUAUUUGUUUUUGUUUUGUUUUUGUUCUUUUCUCUCUCUCUCCCCCCUAGGUCUGUGUCAGUUUUAGGUCUUCCCCCUAACUGCUGCAAAACAUGGCUCGCCCCAAAGACCCUGUUGGCCACUGGAAGGACCUAGAAGCAUGGCUAAGUGUUGCAACGGACAGCCUCCUCCCUAAGGCCGCCGAAACGCUACAGCAUCUGACACAGGACCAGCUGGAUGAGAACCUAAACAGCCUUAUGACGCAAGACCCAAGCAAAAGCUACAAUCACAAAGACCUAGCCAAGAUCACAGGUACUCUGAGUCACGUCCUCAUUGCCACCCUCAAGCUGAGUGACAGGCAUUCCACCCAGCUCCAGCACAAGCUGACACAUAUGCAAUCCCACAUCAACCAGCUAGAACUGGAGGCUCAGGAACGACCGGAACAGCCAGAUGAGACUGAUCAAGCUGCCAAAGAGGAGAUCGAUAAACUUCAAGAGACUCUAGCCGCCACCACCCAAGAAAUGGAACAAGCCAAAGCCGACCAUGCUGACGUUGCUAACAAGCUUGAGUAUGUCGAACAGCGACUGGAAGAGGUAAAUGCUGACUCUAAAGACAAGGACAGCAGAACCAAAGUCUUCGAAACUCACCUGAGUGAAGCUAGACAUGAGAUCAGACGACUAACGCAGCAGCUGGACUACAUCAAAGAAAAGUCCAACAGCAUUAAAGAUGAACUCAAGCAUGCACAUGAACUGACACACAGUGAGAAAGCUGAGAGUUCACUGCCAAAACCCUCACCAGCUCCCUCUCUUCCAGCCUGCCAUGUAUCACCAUGUGGCCUGGACCUUAGAGACCUUGACAAGCUAGUCAAGAACCUGGGCAAGUUCACGCCGAAUUUGCCAGGCAGCCAAGAUGUUCACGCCUAUCUUCAAGACAUUGACUUUCACUUGGAAAUGAGACUCAAUGUCACUGACAAAGAUAGACUGUAUUUGCUCCUAGCAACCUCCAGCCCUGAAGUACGCAGCUUCCUGGACCGUCAGUCUGCUCACACAAAGACUGACUACCUCCUGCUCCGAGAAGCCCUCAUCAGAGAGUUUGAUGACAUCGAGUCUGAACAAGGACUUGUAGCUGCCCUGGAGACGAAACAAGGUUGCCGGUCUUCUCAAGCCUACUAUAGCAGACUCAGACGAGCCUACUUCGGCACCUUCAAUGAACCUGAGAUGGAAGAGGACCUGAACUUCAAAAUUCUCUUCCUGAGAAACCUUCAUCCUGGGGUAAGCCACCAUCUUGGGGUUCUUACAUGCCCCCACACGAUGAACACUCAGCAAUUACGAGAUUUGGCACAUAAAGCCUACGUCAAACAAAGGACGACUUCAGAAAAGACUGCCAAAAUCCCUGCUGUUUAUGACUUCAACACCCAAAGUCAAGAUCUGGCCCUUGAGGGUGCCCAAGGCCCAGACAAUGCUAAACUACCUCCCAGUGAGUGGAAUGUGUCGUCUUACCAUAGACAACGAGACAGUCAUGCUGAUACCAGACCUAAACAGUGGAACAGCAGCUUGAAAGGACUGUAUGGACGACAACACUCACCUGAACGUCACCGGGAGAGACCGUGGAACAGGUCCACCUCAUUUGCAAACCAAAGGGGGACAAGCUCGUGGGAAUCCAGUGGUACCUCCAAGGUAAAGCAACACCACCUUGACACAACCAGCCCAAGAGGUCAACGAAAGAACUCACAAAGAUUCCACGCUGAUCGAGCUCCAACUGAACCUCCAGAAGGAAAAACAUCACCAUGUUUUGACCCUCAGGAACUGAUGAAAAUGAUCCUGAAAGAGUUCAUCCAACGAAGGGAAGAGGAUCGGAAGUGGGAAAGGAAAGGAAAACCUGAUUCUGCCUGACAAGCAACGACCUCACAAAACAGCACCUCUUCACCUCACUUACAGAGAAAUGUAAAAGACUCAAUAGACUGUACUUGAACACCAGAGUUAGACGCUAACUCAACACCUGAUGCCUCAGGUCACCACUGCAUCACACAAACACUUGUGGAUGAAACCCUUCCAACUCCUAAGAGUGCCGUCUUGGUCGUUUGCCACUCCACUGAACUCAGAAUCAAUCCAAAUCCUACCUGUGCCAUGCCAACUCCAGUCCCUCAACUCCAAGUGACCAGAAAGGGGGAAGAUCCAACCUGCUGACACAG